AUGGUCUUAAUAAGUGAAGACAAAGGUAAACAAAUAAUGUUGCCUGAUGGUGAAGAUACUGAAGAUGAUGAUCUUCCACCAACCUUCCCUCGAAGAAUAAUAAGAGCACUUGUUGUGCACAAUGAUGAUCGCAUUCGAAAGAUUUAUGAAAUUAUGUUGGAAAGACUUGGUGUGGAAACUGGUGUAGUGAAAACUAGUCAAGAAGCUAUAAAAACAAUUUGUGUUGAGGAAGUCUAUGACUUAAUUCUCCUUGAUAGGCAUUUUCCUGUCAUUGAUGGGGUUCAGAUGACGAAGAUGCUGCGAGACUUGGAGUACCCUACAACGAUUUUUGGUGUGGCGCAUCCCCUUACAGAAUUACAACGGGAAGAAUUUUUUAGAGCAGGGCUAGAUGGUUGCGUUGAUAACGAAACACCCUUGUCCGAUGAAUCGCUUGCAUCCAUUGUUGAAAGUAUUCCCCUUUGCCAAACUUGGAAGAAAAGAAAUCUUUAUAGUACAAUUUACAAAUCUUUUCACCAUCCUAGUGCUUCUUUUAGUCCUGGUUCAAGUUGUACUUCUAGAGACUUUUCUAAAAAAGAUUAA